AUGGCGCUCAACGCGAUCGUCACAACGCCCGGGCGUUUCCUCUUUACCUCGGAAAGCGUAAAUGAAGGCCACCCUGAUAAACUCUGCGAUCAGGUUUCUGAUGCUAUUCUUGAUGCUUGCCUUGCAGAAGACCCAAAUAGCAAGGUCGCUUGCGAAACCUGCACAAAGACGGGCAUGGUGAUGAUCUUCGGGGAGAUAACGACAAACGCCAGCGUAGACUAUGAAAAAAUCAUCAGAGAAACAUGCAAGGACAUCGGGUACGAUGACGAGGCGAAGGGCUUAGACUACAAGACGAUGAAAGUGGUGGUGGCAAUCGAAGAUCAAAGCCCAGAAAUCGCACAGGCAGUCCACGUCAACAAAAAUAUUGAAGAGAUCGGGGCAGGAGAUCAGGGGCACAUGUUUGGAUAUGCAUGCGACGAGACAGCGGAGUUGAUGCCUUUGAGUCACUCUCUUGCUACCAACUUAGGAAAGCGAUUAACAGAUGUGCGGAAGUCAGGCGUUCUUCCUUAUAUACGCCCAGACGGAAAGACACAGGUUACAGUUGAAUAUGACAACAGCACGGGCGUGCCUGUCCCUGUUCGCGUGCAUACGAUUGUAAUAUCGACGCAGCAUUCUCCAGAUGUAGAUAAUGAGCAGCUGCGUUUAGAUAUAAUGAAAUAUGUUAUAAAGCCAGUAGUGCCUGCAUGCUAUUUAGAUGAAAAUACAAUAUAUCAUUUAAACCCGUCAGGCAGAUUUGUUAUAGGGGGGCCUCACGGAGAUGCAGGUCUAACAGGAAGAAAGAUUAUUAUUGAUACUUAUGGAGGCUGGGGGGCGCAUGGCGGAGGUGCGUUUAGCGGAAAAGAUUCAACUAAAGUCGAUCGAAGCGCUGCUUAUGCUGCACGAUGGGCUGCGAAAUCUCUCGUUGCAAACGGAUUCUGCAAGAGAUGCCUCGUUCAGGUUUCUUAUUCUAUUGGAGUUGCUACUCCUUUAUCUUUAUUUGUAAAUUCUUAUGGAACGUGUGCUGAGGGAUAUACAGAUGAUUGCCUUCUUAAAAUUGUUGCAGAGAAUUUCGACUUCAGGCCCGGCGUUAUUCAAAGAGAUCUUCGUCUUAAAGAACCAAUCUUUAAGGAAUUGGCGGCGUACGGCCACUUCGGUCGAUCCCCCGAAAAAUUCGCCUGGGAAAAACCGCGAGAUUUAUCGCAUUGCAAAAAAAUAAACAAUUAA